GCAAUUGAAUACGGAACUGGAUACGAAGCUGGGGGUAGAGCUGGAUGCGGAAUUGAAUGCGAAAUCGGAUAUGGAACUGGACACGAAAUUGUACAAAGGAGCAGAACUAGUUAUACAAAUAGACACGGAACUGAUUGCGGAUUUAGAUACGGGAUUGGAUAUGGGACUUUAUACGCGAUUGGAUACGCAACUGGAUGCGGAAUCGGAUACGGAAUUGGAUAUGGUAUUGCGUUGUCGGUUCCUUAUUGCCUACCAGUAUGUUCUUCAGUUGUGA